AUGGAUCUAUUAUCGGUCCUGCCGAACUUUGCGACACGAUCGUACGCGCAUAUCAUUCCUCCGCUCGAAAGAGGCAAGAUCACGACCGUGGACCUCAUCACCCUCGACACGCUCGAGAUCGCGAAACGCGCCCAUGUUCCCCCCGCAGAUGUCCGCCGGCUCUCCGCACAAAUCAUCCAAGCAUUGCACGGCGAUCUUGGCCUCGAGAGAACACAAGCAAAUCCAUCAACAAUAGAAGGAGAAGAACCAAGCUCGAGCAUCAUACCAAAGGGAGGAAAUGUUGAUCUAGGCCCCACGACAAAGCUCGACGCGUCGAGAUGGGACACGAUCACUACCCUGGACCCCGCACUGGAUGCGCUGCUGGGGGGAGGCAUCCCGACAGGCUAUGUCACUGAGGUGACAGGGGAGAGUGGAAGCGGCAAGACACAAUUCCUAUUGAGCCUCCUACUCGCCACCCAAUUAGCCAAACCAAAGGGCCUGGACAAACGGGCUAUUUAUAUAUCGACCGAGCAUCCGUUAGCGACCAGCCGUAUAUCUCAGCUGCUUGAAUGUCAACCGUACCUUUCAAGCCUCCCCCCCGACCAGAAGCCGUCCCUAGAAAACAUACUGUCAAUCAAUGCCAUGGACCUAGAGACACAGGAUCAUAUUCUCAAUUACCAGCUGCCAGUCGCUAUCACACGAUAUAAUGUCGGCCUGGUAAUCAUUGACUCCAUUACGUCCAACUACCGUGCCGAACACAACUCAAACAACAUCAUUGCUCUCUCCGCGCGAUCCACAGAACUCGCAAAAUUGGGUUACAUGCUGCGCAACCUCGCUGCGAAAGAAGGCAUCGCCGUUGUGCUGGCAAAUCAAGUUUCGGAUCGGUUUGAACCUGAGCCAGUCCAUGGGGGUCCUCCUCCACGUCCAGGAUUUCCGUCCAUCUUAAGCCAGAACCCUGCUAUAUCGUCGCGUGACACAGGUGCAGCAUCCCCAUUGCCCCGAAAUAGGAUGAAUGCACCCGACCAACAAUUCUCGUCUACCCAAAUCCCCUCAUCCUCUCCAAUAUCGUCUUCUCCUUAUCAUGCCCCAGAUGACGAACGAUUUGACGGCUCUUAUCUCAUUGAGAAUCCUGCUCGCAACGAUAUCCUUAGCCUGGUACAUCAAGAGAGGUUCUUUACUGGCUGGGGCGACGGUUUCUACUCCGAUCCAUCACCUAAAACCCCGGCCCUUGGAUUCUUCUGGUCCACGCAGAUUGCAUGCCGCAUUGCGUUGAAAAAAGAGACACAUUCAGUGGUGACCCCUUGGAAUGGUGCACAGCCUUUGUCAACACCGCAAGAACAGACAGGCUCUCAAUUCCAUAGCGCAGCGAGCAAGCUUCAGGAUUCAAAGGUGAAUGACACUCUUAUCGAUGAAUCUGGCAAAGUAGAACCAGGCUCUACAGUCAAGACCAGCGGACAUGGCAAACCAGAAGGCCUUCCCGAAAAAGAAAGCUCUUUGCAUAUGCCAGCACCGCAACCACCAGAGCACAUCACCCGGCGAACCAUGAAGCUCGUUUUUGCCCCUUGGGCCGCCAGCCGAAAAGAUUCUGGGAAUGGAAAGGGGAUAAGAACACACGACAAAAGGGAUUAUGAAAUAGACGUCGAAAUAUGGAAAGGGGGGCUGCGUUCUGUGAGCUCCGACGAAUGA